AUGCAAAUUAUUACCAAAAAUUAUGCAUUAUUUUUUUUUUUUAGGAAACUUGACUUUAAUUACUGGACUCUACACACUGUCCUUUUUUUUACGAAAAUGGAAAUAUCUGUAUUUUCUGCACUUAUGGUUUUGAUUGCCUUACUUUUUCUGCUUAUGUGGUCUUACCUCUAUGUUUUUCUCCUUAUUCCUGGAGGCUUUGUCAUUUUCGUGUUUAUCACACGGAUAAUUCUCAAGCGGAAAUCAGCCCAGACAUAUCCGGGCAUCUUCACCAUUGGAUUCUUCCAUCCUUACAGCAAUGCAGGUGGAGGGGGUGAAAGAGUCUUGUGGACAGCUGUUCGAGCCCUGCAAACAAAGUAUGGCUCCAAGGUGAUGUGUGUCAUCUAUACAGCUGAUACCAAUACCACUGGAGCACAAAUACUAGAAAAGGCUCGUCAAAGGUUUAACAUCACCAUUCAACUUCCAGUUCAUUUUGUGUUUUUAACAAAGUACAAAUGGUUGGAAGCUCACCACUACCGACACUUCACUUUGCUUUGCCAGAGUUUUGGGUCACUGGUCACUGGAACCGAAGCUCUCUUCUCUUUUAUUCCUGAUGUUUACUGCGACAAUUUUCUGAUUUUUUUCUUUUUAUUUCAACUCUUUCUUUCUUGUUUUUCUUCCUUGUUUUUUGUUUUCUUCUCUUUUUUCUUUUCCUCUGAUUUUCAUUUUCUAUUUUUUGGUUCUUGUUUUUUUCUUCUUCUUUUCAUUUUGUUUUCUUCUGUUUUUCUUUUUUUGUUUUUCCUUCUGGUUUUCUUUUUCUUGUUUUUCUUAUUCUGUUUCUUUUUUUUUCUUGUUUUUUCUUAUUUUCUUGUGUUUUUCUUGUUUUCUUCUCUUUCCUUUUCUUUUUUCUUUUCCUCUGAUUUUCAUUUUCUAUUUUUUUUCGUUUUGUUUUCUUUUCAUUUUGUUUUCUUCUGUUUUCUUUUUUUGUUUUUCUGUUUCUUUUGUUUUUCUUGUUUUUGUUUCUUUUUUUCUUGUUUUCUUCUCUUUUAUAUUUCUUCUACUUUUUAUUCUUUUUUCUUUCCUUUAUUUUUUCUUAUUUUUCUUCAAUCUUUUCAUCUUUUACUUUUUGCUGAUGUUUUUUCUCCAUUUUUCUUCAUUCCAUCUGCCAUGCUUGAAUAUUUCUUGCUGUCAUAG